AUGCCAUACGUGGGUAAGCAGGAAAAGGGGGGCACACAGCUGGUGUACGCGGAAGUAGUGGUAUCUUUUGCCACAGCCAUCGGGCUAUUUGCUUUGACAGUUGUGCAACUUCUCUAUCGUACAACGCGUCGUGCUAGACGGCUGUGGCGAGCUGAGAAUCAAAUUAGAUUUGAUGGGGCGCAUUUUUUGAACAGGCCGGUGGGAAAUGCUGGACGAAAAAUAAUAGAAAUUGGCCUAAAAAAGCACGCAAACAAGGAGAUUAAACCGCCCUCUUUUGUUUUGACUGCCGUUGUUGCUAAUGACAGAGAUGUCAGGGCGGAUUGCCUUUCUAUGCUUGCAGAGACGCGGCAAAUAUUUUGCAAGCGAUACGGUGAUUCGGCACGUUUAAUGUCAAUGCGAUGUUGUUUAUCCUGUUUUGAAAACGCGUUACCACCCAGCCAAACGGAGGAUUUUUUGCGUCUUUAUGAGAAUGUUUUGUUUGGUCAACAUCGAGUUGACGGGAUUUGUGAUACUCUUACUAGUGAUGAUAUUAAGUUUUUGUAUGCUUUUUUUCAUAAUACAAUACUGAAGGAGAUCCAAUGA